ACAAAUUAGCCUGAUUAGGGAUCCCCCGACUAAAUCCUCACUUCUCUUCCUGCGAUGUAGACGGAGGCGGGACCUGAUGACGUCACGAGAGGAAACGCGCACUGUUUUCAGAGCAGGAAUCAAAACAAGACACGGACACGCCCUCCUCUUCUGCUUCGUGGUGCACCUCGGCUGUCAAAAUGGCCAAGACGACGCGGCUGAUGAUCAGCAUUUCCUGAUAUCUGGAUAUCUGUUUGCGUUGGCGCGCGUGCGACUACACAAUGCCAUCUGGGAGAGCGGCGUGUGCGGACGGUUAAACGCGUGCGGCGUGCUUCCUGUCUCAAACGCGCAGCAGCAGCAGCAUCGAUAUCAUUCUCAUCAUCAUCAUUAUGCCGAGCCAGAAGACCAACAAAGGGAAGCGAAGUAAGCGCACUAACAGCAGCGGAGAUGAACAGGAAAAUGGAGGAGCAGCCGCAGGAGGAGGAGCAGCAGGAGCAGCAGGAGGAGCAGGAGGAUCAGGAGGAGGAGGAGGAGGAGGAAGCACGGCAUUAGUAGGAGCUACAGCCGCUCAGCCAAGCGGACAACGAGAGGCCCUGUGUGCCACACCCCUCGUAUGCAGCUUGGGCCGUGCCGUGGACCUUGAGAAGGAUGAUUACCAGCGGGUGCUGUGCAACAGCGAGCACUGUCCUUAUGGCAACUGGAUGCACCUUCAGUGCUUCUAUGAGUGGGAAAGCAGCAUCCUAGUACAGUUCAACUGCAUCGGCCGUGCACGUAGCUGGAAUGAGAAGCAGUGCCGGCAGAACAUGUGGACCAAGAAAGGUUAUGACCUGGCUUUUCGGUUCUGCUCGUGUCGCUGUGGUCAGGGCCACUUAAAGAAAGACACUGACUGGUACCAGGUCAAGCGCAUGCAGGAUGAGCGCAAGAAAAAGGUGGUGACUGAGAAAAGUAGUGGGAAGGCCAGCGGAGGUGUUUCAGUAGGAGGUGGAGGGGAGGCCUCAGAUGAACUAAAAAAAGGCAAGUCAGCCAAUAAACUAGCUCACCGUGGCUCCAAUCAGGAUCUUUCACGCCGCCAAUCUGUGGAUCGACAGAACUCUCAAGAGAGGGGCCAUGCAGUUAUGGGCAUUGGGGUAAACCUGGGUGCACGUUCACCCACUGACUCACCUGGCCAGUCUCCACCAUUAGGCUUCUCAUUUUUCACGCCUCAGUCUGUUGGGGGACCACGCAGUUCACGGCAACUGGGCGAGUUCCUUAAAAAUGCGGUCCACAUGGAGGGCAACAGGAAGCACUUGUUGGUGGCUAACAUGGCUGGCCGGGGAAGUCUUCAAGCAGAUCAUGGGGCAGGUGGUUUGUGUUUGCCCCGCCUUACUCAGGGUGACGGCCCAGUGCAGUUCUUGAGGAGGCUGGACCUCUCUGAGCUCCUGGCGCACAUACCUCGGCAUAAGCUCAACACCUACCAUGUGCGCAUGGAGGACGAUGCCCAGGCUGGCCAGGGCGAGGACUUAAGAAAGUUUAUACUCUCUGCCCUUAGCGCUAGCCACCGCAACGUAGUCCACUGCGCCCUGUGCCACCGCAUGCUCCCCAUCUUUGAGCAGUUUCCACUGGUGGACGGAACGCUCUUUCUUAGCCCAUCACGACACGAUGAAAUCGAAUAUGAUGUACCAUGCCACUUACAAGGGAGGCUGAUGCACCUGUACGCCAUCUGUGUGGACUGUCUGGAGGGUGUGCACAAGAUUGUGUGUAUAAAGUGCAAAUCCCGAUGGGACGGAAGCUGGCACCAGUUGGGUACUAUGUAUACUUACGACAUUCUGGCUGCUUCGCCUUGUUGUCAGGCCAGACUGAACUGUAAGCACUGUGGGAAGCCUGUGAUCGACGUCCGUGUGGGCAUGCAGUACUUCUCAGAGUACAGUAAUGUGCAACAGUGUCCUCACUGUGGCAAUCUGGACUAUCACUUUGUCAAACCUUUCUCCUCCUUCAAAGUCCUUGAAGCCUAUUGACAAAAGUUAUAUUUGCAUGCUAGUGUCCUUCACCUUUUUUUUUUUGCAUUCCUAGGGAAUUUUAUUCGUCAGAAUUCGUUUUUUUUUUUUUUUAAACUAUAAUAAGUAGAGCGCAAGAGCUGAUGGCAGUUAAUCACAGAGGAAGGAGUCAGAAAGUGCUUCACUGUCUGUUCAUCUGGUAUUUACAACCACAAAAGUGUGAGAAUAAUACUGUGACAAGUGAAUGUAUCUGCAUAUGCCAAAUUCACAUUUUUGUACAAAGAACAAAAAAACAUAAAAUAAAAUGCAAAAAAUCUUCAUAUUCCUGCUUUUAUUUAAUAAUUAUAAAUGUUUUUAAAUAAUAAAAACAUCCACAUCUCUUAGCACACUAUCACUCAUCUUUUUUCCUUAUUUCCUCCAAAUAUUAUGACAUUAUUCUCUACAGUAUUAUGACUUUUUUUCUUGCAGAGAUGAUAAUAUAUAUUAUAUAAUAUUAUUUUAACUUUGAGAGUUUGUUCAUGAAAUGUUAAGUGAAUUUCUGAGUGUAUUACAAAUUUAUUCUCCAAAAUUUUACAAAAGUUCUAUAUACCACAAUGACAUUUAUCCUUUAAAAUUUUGCAAUUUUAUUAGUAGUGAUUUGUUGUAUACAUUUUCUGAACCUGUUUCUUCAAAUAUAACAACUUUACUUGGAAAAAGUUGUUUGUUCCAAAAAUAUUACACAUUUAUUUAUUUUAC